GUCCUCUGUUCCAAAGCAUUUAGUGCAGUAGCACACAAGAAAGUUUGAUGUAAUUGGCUAAAUAUGCAACGGCGCGGCAGUGCAACAUAAAGUAGUGAACGGCAGCUAACCAGAGUGCCGAAACGAAGAGCAUGUGAAUGAUGCUUGUUUAGGAGUAAUUGCUUUUAAAAAUGACCAAUGGUUGAACUCUAAAACUUGCUAGCCGCCCCCGGCUUGAUUAGCAUCGAAAACAAAGUCAAGUGGCUACAGCAUUUAGCUAAGUGGAGCCGCUGACAUAGGUCGACACACUGCUUGUCAGGCGUUGACAUGACGGCUAUGAAGUAGUGGUGGCGUUAGAAAACAACAACUCUGCGUGCACAACUGUCAGCUCUGUCGUGGGUUAGUUCGCCCGCUGCGUUGGAGCACUAGACCAUGCUAGCUAGCUAAGGCGGGCGGUGUUAGCGUUGACAAAAAACAAGCGCUCUGCCUCGGGAGUCAGCUGACAACCUGCUGGGAGCUGCCAACGGACCGGUGAUGGAUCAACUGAAAGUGAAGGAUGGCAUUCUGGAAAACAUCUCCCUGUCUGUUAAGAAGUUGCAGAGUUACUUUGCGGCCUGUGAAGAUGAGACUCCAGCUAUCCGUAAUCACGACCGGGUCCUGCAGCGCCUCUGUGAACACCUUGACCAUGCUCUGCUCUAUGGGCUGCAGGACAUCUCCUCAGGCUACUGGGUCUUAGUGCUUCACUUCACCAGGAGAGAGGCUGUCCGCCAGAUAGAGGAACUCCAGCACAUAGCAACCAACCUUGGUCGAAGUCGUGCAUGGUUAUACCUGGCAUUGAGUGAGAGCUCUUUAGAGAGCUACCUGCGCCUCUUCCAUGAAAACCAAGGAUUACUGCAGAAGUAUUAUUUCAAGAACGCACUGGUCUGCAGUCAUGACCACCUCACUCUCUUCCUCACGCUGGUGUCCGGCCUGGAGUUCAUUCGCUUUGACCUGGAGCUGGACGUGCCCUAUCUGGACGUGGCCCCCUACAUGCCAGAAUACUACAAACCCCACAACCUGCUGGACUUUGAGGAAAGGCUGCCCAGCUCAGACAGCUUAUCCCUGCACUCCUUCACUUCCCUCACCUCCACCAACCUGGAGUGGGAUGACAGUGCCAUAGCCCCCUCCAGUGAAGAUUAUGAUUUCGGUGACAUCUUCCCUGUGUUGCAGUCAUUGCCAAGUGCAGACUGGGAAGAGGGUGACCUGACCGACCAGGCCAGCUGCCCUCGAUCCAGUGGAUCAGAUCCCCAAACGGUCAUUAGUGACACAGUGGUACUUUCUGCCAGCACUGUCAUGGUGAAAGUAGCAGCUCACCAGUCCGCACACAGCCCCACGUUCAGACACAACCCCUUCAACGAGGACUCGGACACCAACAACACCAACACCUCGGCCGACGUCACACCAGUCCACGUGCCUAGCCGCUACUACGCAACUGCCACUGGAGAUGACAUGGAGAGCACCACCAAUGAGCUGGAGGUCAUCAGGUUGGCCAGAAAAAGGAAACCAGCCAAGAAGCGACGAGGGAAGGGCUCCACAGAUUCCAGCAGCAGCAUCCACAACUCCAUCUCCUCUGAUCUCAUGGAAAUUGACGGCAGCCUCUUGGCCUGCGAGGAUGUGGAUUCAUUAAAUUGCACUGUAAUUCGUCUGGAUGGCGAUGGAGAGUUGAGGAGAAGCAGGGUGUCAUCAGGGACUGUGGAGGAGGGAGAUGAGGACGGGAUAGAAGGCCUCCUACGCCUCCCAGAGAUGGCUGACACCUCCAUGGACACUGUGGGCCAACCCCUCCGUGACGUCAUGGACCGGCUCAACGGGGCUCUGGACAGGGAUGCGGCCUGGGCGCACCCAGAGGAGGAGGAGGAGAAAAAUAGUAAAAGUCGUAAUCAGGGUCCAGAGACCCCUGCACAGCAGCCCUUUCGAGAGGAUUCAGGGGGCGAGCCACCCGAUCCAGCACCAGGAGAGACGUCUCGCUCCCCUCUGCCCAGAGGCCCCGGUGCCCUGCAUGCCUCUCCUCCGCAUACAGACCUAUGCUGCUUUACCCCCAACAGUUCAGACUCUGCUCCCACAGGUGGUGGCCACUAUGACUCUACAAAGCAUAGCCAAUCGCAGACUCUUUCAGGUUGCCUUGAAGAUGAAGGAGAGGCAAAAGCGGCAACAGGACAGAAGCACAACAUGAAGGAGGAGGAGGAGGAAGAAGUACAAGGAGAGGAAAUGGACAAAAAUACAGUUAAUGGGCAAAUGCAACAACAGCUACAAGAGGAGAAGAUUAGUCCCUCUGAAAAUUCUCACCCUGCAGAGUUUAAGGUUGACAACAAUCACUUGCUUCUUCUCAUGAUCCACGUAUUCAGAGAGAAUGAGGAACAGCUCUUCAAGAUGUUGAGGAUGAGUACAGGCCACAUGGAGGGGAACCUGCAGCCCCUUUACCUGCUCCUCACCGACUGCUACAUCUACCUGCUACGGAAGGGUGCUGCAGAGAAGCCCUACACAGUAGAAGAGGCUGUUUCUUAUAAUGAGGUGGACUUUCUUUCAGUGGGCCUUGACCAACAGACGGUGACCGUGGUUUGCACCAACAGACGAAGAAAAUUCCUGUUGGACACAGCAGAUUCCUCGCUGACUCUCUGGUUCCUAACAGUUCUCAAGUCAGCCAUGGUGAAGGGUUGCCGUGAGCCGCCUUACCCCUCUGUUCUGACCGAUGCUACCAUGGAAAAACUGUCUCUCACCAAGUUUGUUUCCCAGGAAUCUCACUGUGAGGUAUCAGAAGUGUCUAUGCAACUUUAUUCACUGGUCCACUGGGAGGAUCCCAUGGAUAUGACCAUGUCUCCCCAAUGUGGCCCACCAAGCUCCGGAUUACCGUCCAGCACCAAGGAGGGGACUCUGCAGUACCGGUCUGGAACCACCUACCUGGGUAAAGAGCUGUGGAAAAGCUGCUACCUCGUCCUCAGCAAAGGGAUUCUUUAUCUUUAUGCAGAAAGAACUGAUGUGAUACCUCUGCUGUCAGUCACUAUGGGAGGAGAGCACUGUGGAGGCUGCCGGCGCUCAAACAGCACAGAGCGCCCCCAUGCCUUCCAGGUCAUCCUGACAGAGCGCCCGCCACUGGAGCUCAGUGCCAACAAUGAGCAAGACAUGGCCGACUGGAUGCAGCUGCUCUGCCAGUCCGUAUCUAAAGGGGUCAUCCCUCAGGGCGUGGCCCCCACCCUGUGUAUCCCCUGCUGCCUGGUGGUGACAGACAGGAAGCUGCUAACUUGCCAUCAGGACUGUCAGACGAGCUUCUUCCGUUCCCUGGGCAGCGUUGAUCUCUUUGACGUCACCACCGUCAGCCUGGAGGCCGACAAGGAGUACUGCGUCAUUGACUUUGCGGCAGACCGAGCCCAGUUCCUCCCUCCAUGGGUCUUGUACUUCAGUGGCUGUGAAGAGAGAGAUCGACUGGUGGAGGCGUUGGAUAACACGUGGAGGGAAAUUUUCCAGGUUGACCUUCCUCACAGGGUCGUGUCUGAUCCGUCGGUGCAGAAGCGCUGCAGCGAGGCCCUGGCCCUGAUGAAGAGCGCCUGGCAGAGGGCAGACAGUCUGGCCCGAGGCAGAGCCCAGCGUGAACCCUGGUGCUGACGGACACACACACACACACACACACACACACACACACACACACACACACACACACACACACACACACACACACACACACACACACACACACACACACACACACACACACACACACACACACCCCUUUUGGUAGCAACUGAGACACAGCGGUAGUUAAAGAGUCUGAUACAGAAACCAGUCAGAUGACGAUAAAAUGUUUCUGUCAGAGAAACGUCCUGCAGAAGUAGCAAUGCACAUGGCAAAGAGAUGCAGCAGUGGAACACAAGGCGUGAGAAAUGAAUGGAGCUCCUGUAAAGUUAAGAUGUAUUUCAUUUGAUCCUGCAGAUACAUCACCACAACUCUUUUAUCAGAGGUUCUUCACAAUGUAGAGCAGCAAUGUAGAAAAGAUUUAUGCAGAAUCCAGGAAACGUUUGGUAUCACAUGAUGUGAUAUUGGUACAGUACUCUCCCAAAUGAAAGAAGCUCUGUAAAAUGCACAUACAGUUUUUGUGUCACAGGGGAGACACUGAAAACCAAUCUUCAAUACAUCUUCUACUCAGAUGUAGCCUGCUGAAUUGAGUUAUUUUAACUUUUGAGUAUUUUGACUUCACAAAGUAAACAUGAAACACGUUUCUCCAGUGGAUAAUCCAUUUUAAAUUGAGCAUUUUAGUAAGCAUUUCCUCUUCUAACCAUUGACUCUAUGACGAACUACAUAUUGUUAUACAUAUAUGAGAUGAGAAAAGUAUUAAUGAUUUCUUCAAAAAAAUCAAGCUGCUUGAUGCUUCUUGUAAUAUACUUUAAAUAUAUAUAUAUAUAUAUAUCAAGAAAGCCAUAUAUGAAGUGGGGCAGUUGCUGCUCUUUUACAAUGUGGAAAGAUUCACACUCCUUGCCUUGCACACACACACACACACACACACACUAAAUAAUAUAUAUAUAUAUAUAUAUAUAUAUAUAUAUAUAUAUAUAUAUAUAUAUAGUAACACACUCCUCCUGCACAACUCAACCAUGUGACGAUAAAAGUCAAUCGUGAGUUGCAGUACAAGAAGUUCUACUUUAUCUAACUGUGGUGUGUAUAUAUAUAGAGCAAAUGUACAGCACUGUACAGUGUCGACGCAUAAUCCCUGAUGGUUGUGUAUGUGUCUGAUAUUCAGCUUUUGGUUUGUCUAAGGACUCGUACCUCUUCACUGACCGAUUCUCACAUCUACGCAUAUUGUACAGCGCAGUAGCCUGAUCGAGUGAGGAUCUGAAUAUGAAGUAUGCCUGGAUAUUUGCACUGUUACCUGACAUGAUGUUGUCGUUUAUCUGAGAUUUUGCUCCACCAGUUUAAAAUGUUGUCAGCCAGAUAAACCAUCAGCAACCGCAACAGACUUGCCUUUUUCUCCGCUCUCUUGACACAGGCGGAGGCUUCCUUGCAGACUUGCACAUUGUUUUUUGCUGUUAGUCCCUUUUUUAAAAUGGUACCAACUGUGGUUUUGUGUUAAUAUCAUCGCAUCCUGUUUUAAUUUCCAUUUUUAGAAGAAAGCGGGAGCAAUUGUUACAGAAUGAUUCAGCUGAGUGGCGACGUUAGAUUGGUGCAGACUUUUGUGUCUGAAUAAGCAAGUGUGUACUUCUGCGCAAGUGUGGGUAAAUAUCACGUCAAGAAUUACAGUCGCUGUGAAAAAGCCACAAGUUGUCUUGGCUUUUAGUUUUUUUAUUUUACACCAGUGGUUGGUGACAUCAUCAUACUGCGAUGUACACUCUGCUGGAUAUAAGACACCAGUCGAUUAGAACAUCUCCUUCUGCAUCAUUUGGCGAUGUAGGACCAUGUCAGAGGUUUAAAAGAAAUCCUUUAAUAGAGCAAGUGUAUCGCACUUAAAAUAAUCUAUUAUUAAAGCUUUAAUUGGACUUUUAAUUUCCCUAUGAAUUAUAUAGGGAGUGGCUGGUAUUGGUAAUGCAUCUGUUACAAUCUGUCCUCAACACUGAUUAGAGUCGUGCUGCUGUGGCAGUGUAUAACUGCUGUCAUUGCCAGUGGCAAGGAAAAUUUUGGUUUCUUCUGCAAUGACAAUGUUGCCUUUUUGACAACCUGUGACUGAACUGGAUGAAAUGGCCAAUUUUUCAUUUUUUUAACUAAAUGAAGCACCGAUUUUCCAUUCAGUAAUUGCCUUACACUGUACAAUCUGGCCGACUGCAUUGGAAAGUUUAAGUUGUGGUCACACUGUAACUUUGGGGUCAGCAUUGCUCCGUGCUUUAAGCCUAAGUGCCACUUGUUCUUGCUCAUCUUCCGCUCUUUAACAAAUAAAUCUAUCUCAGGAGGAAAAGGUAAAUCACAUCCAAAACCUUAACAGUCACCGUGCAUUUAAAAAAAAAAAAUCCUGCUGUUUUGUCUAAUUCCACUUUUUUUUUAAACUUUUUUCUACUGAUGUUCCUCCCGUGUUCCAUGCAGCAUUAUGACGUUAUUUCCGCGCACACAGAGCAGACUGCAAAGUGAUGCCAUUCGGUGGAGGAGGUUUUAUUUUAAAAUCCUUUUAAUAAUUCAGUGGGUUCCAAAGUGGGAUUGGUUGGCUGUGUAUCUGAAAUCCUCUCCCAACAAUGGAUUGCUUAAGGACUUUUUGACCAGGGAGAGAACAGUUGCAAUAGUCAGACUUACUUGAAAUGUUUGUUGGAUUAUCGAUGAAAAUAAAAUAAAGUGCUCAGAGUUGUGACCUAUGAAGUGUAUAUAAAGAAGAAAUCGUCUCUUUUGAGCAGUGGUUUGAAUGUAGGACAUUGCUGGCCAAUGAUGGAUGACAUCUUUUGAGUGAUGCAUUGUGAAAGGGCGCCGUUUUUUGAUUUUGUUCAUAAAUGUAUACUGCAUGUUUUAUUUAUGUUUGGUAGUUUUAUGGAAUUGUAAAUAGAGCACUAAUCAAGUAUAACAUACUGUUAACUCACACAUAGAGUAAAGACGUGCAUGUCCAGGAGAUUUUAUACUGUUCAUGAUGCUGAUGAUGAACAAUGAAAUAAUGUGCAAAUUAACCUCUGUGGUCGGACGGGCGAAUAAACGGAAAUGAAACCAUG